UUUGUUGCAUUUUUAGGAAACACUUCCUUUGUUUCUACAACAGGUAUCUACAUUCUAGAAUUCUAAACACUUCCUUUGUUUCUACAACAGGUAUCUACAUUCUAGAAUUCUAAACACAUCUACAUUCUAGAAUUCUAAACCGGAAAUAUGUAUGUUGUAUAGAGUGUAGUGUGGGGGAAUUAAUUCUUAAUUUCAGAUUACCGGAAGUAUAAGACAAUGGCGGAUACAGGGAAUUCCAAGGUUUCCGGGGAGACCACCCUUUAAUACAUGUGUGUCUGUGUGUGCUCUAGUGUCUGCACAGAACCAACAGGUUUAUUCAAAUGUUUCAUGAGCCUAAAGUCCAAGAAAAGGCAGUAAACGACAGGUAUGGAAGAAGUAUAUGUAUAUACACUAUACAGGCACAAACACUUGUAACUACCUGCGUUCAUGUCUCCUCUACCGACAUUGAAUCAGUCUUGAAGAAUCUGAAGUUUUGACCAAAUCCUUUGCUAAAAGUUAUAUAUUUGAAACCCAAGCCAAACACAUCAUGUAAACCAAGAAUAAUUACAAUCUACAAAAUCUCAAAUAACGAUGCUUAAUGAUCUAGCUUUUACUCUACCGGAGCAGUGUAAUAAGCUCUACCUAGAUCUGAAUUAUGUGAUCUAUAGAGUUUUAAAUCCUUAAACCACAAUAUGCAACAAAGGGUUGUGAUUCAGCAGACAUGCAUUGUGUAAACUAUUUUUUGUAUGAAAAAUCUCCAAAUAGGAAUCUGAUAUGGCGGUCUGAAAUACAAGUCUACAGAAGUCCAAGAAGUGUCAGUUCCACAAAACAACUCGGUGUAUGCAGUGCAAACCCUAAAGAUGGCGUUUAUAUCUUGUUUUUCUUGUCUGAAGAAACAAUCUGAGGAGAUCACUGAGCUGGAUUAUCGUCACAGAUCUUUAGACGAUGUUCCAAAUGAUAUUUUCAACUUUGAAAGAACUUUAGAAAUUCUUCACCUAGACAGCAAUAAUAUCAAGGAUCUUCCACGACCGCUUUUUCAUUGCCACGAACUGCGGUACCUAGGCCUCUCUGACAACGAUAUUUGUAGCUUGCCAACUGCUAUAUCUAGUCUUAGCCAGCUAGUGAGCCUAAAUGUUUCUAGGAACGUGCUAACUGAUAUACCAGAGACGAUUAAAAUGUGUAAACUGCUUGCAGUUCUUGAGGCCAGUGUAAACCCUUUACAAAAAAUUCCCAAGGGAUGUACUCAACUGACAAGUUUAUCCGAGUUGUACCUGAAUGACGUUUUUCUAGAAUAUUUACCGGCAAAUUUUGGGAGAUUGUCUAAACUUACAAUUUUGGAGCUUAGAGAUAACAGUCUUAACACAUUGCCUAAGUCUAUGACUAGACUAGGGAAUUUAAAGAGAAUUGACCUAGGACAAAAUCAAUUUGAAGAGGUACCAGAAGUGAUAGAAAGUAUGACACUCUUGGAGGAAUUAUGGAUGGACGGAAACCGUCUCACUGUAUUACCAACCUUUAUUGGAGUUCUUAAUAAACUCAAGCACCUGGAUCUAAGUAUUAAUCAGCUUAAAUCUAUUACUCCAGAGCUUGGGAACUGUAUUCAACUUGAAGACCUGACCCUGUCUACUAAUGAUCUAAGAACGUUACCGGAGAGUUUAGGAAAUCUUGAAAACUUGAUAACUCUCAAGAUUGAAGAUAAUCAACUAGAAAUGCUCCCAGAACAUCUGGGGAAUAUGAUGUCCUUGGAGGAGUUAUUUUGUGGUGAAAACUUCCUAACCUCGUUACCACUUUCAAUAGGAUGGUUGAGAAAUUUGCACACUCUCAACGCAGAUGAAAAUGAUCUUAAGCAGUUACCUCCGGAGAUUGGAUCAUGCAGAAAUAUGAAAAUUUUGUCUGUACAUGGAAAUAAACUACAGGGGAUACCGCGAGAGCUUGGACAAAUAACUCAAAUAUCAGUUCUGAACCUGGCAGGAAACUGUAUUCCUCAUCUUCCUCUCUCCUUUGUUAAGUUGAAAAGUAUCACUGCAAUAUGGUUGUCUGAGAACCAAACCAAACCACUGGUUCAUCUUAACCCUGAUACUGAUCCCUAUACUGGAGAAAAAGUUCUUACUAACUUUCUUCUUCCCCAACAGAUUGAAGGGGAACGGGAGGGAGAUACAAUAUCAGAGUCAGGAAGUUUUCAUGCAGCAAUAUGGGAGGAGGAGAGAACUAAAAGAUCUCUAGUAAAGUGGGCGGGAGAGGAGCAAGAUCUAGAUAAAACUGGAAACCUCAGACGAGCUCCAACUCCGUUCCCGAAGGAAAUGAGAGCAAUGGCAAAGAAAGUUGAAAACCUGCGAGAGAAAAGAAGAAUGACCGAGGGCCCUGGCCAGAUUUCUCCCAAAAAAAGGGAUAACGUUUUUAAACCAAAAACUGGCGGACGAAGGAAGCAGAAGCGUGAAGGUCCCGAUACUCCGGAUUUAAUCAAUACAAACAUGAAAGAUAUGAAACCUGGAAACCUGACAAAAUCACCUAUUCUAUCAGAUGUAUCAGGGAAAGGUGGAAGUAUUGAAAGUGGGGAUCUUGACGGGUUGAAGGUAUCGGACAAUGUUUCUCGUGACUCAGGAGUAGUAACCUCCAGUCACGCUGAUAGUGUGGAAACCCAGGAUCAUAGUUCUACAAUUCUCCCAAAAUCAGAGCUAUCGGUCACUACGAAAACUAAUAUUCUUAAUCAAGGUUUAAACUUCAAACAGGACCAACAAAUACAUUACGAAACAUUUGGAAACCCACCCGAUUCCUUCAAUAAUGGACCUACUCCAGUUCGAGCUGAGAUUAUCACUAAUGAGCUGGAUGAUGAUCCUCCUCCUUAUCAUAUAGCAGCUGCUAGGUCUAGGCAUGCAGGGGACUUUUUAUACAUACAGAGAAACUAUCCUCCUCCUAGCUCAGAAGAAGAUCAUUUUUACGAAAACCAGAACGGGAUGAAGAGUAAGAAACAAGAACGAGAUUCUGCAUCUUUGGCAAGACAGUAUAGCUUUCAAAGUGAUUCCACCUUUGAGAGUAUAUCCGAGUCUGAGACCUCUACGGCUCCGUCUAGUUUACAAACUAUAGUUAGGGCUCCGUAUGCCAACCCUACACAACCGUAUACUGGAAUAUUAGAAUACAAUUCUUCUCCUGAGAGUAGUUCCUCUGCUCAUAUGAACGAUAAUGAUCUAGAGAGAGGGAAACCAGGAAAAAUCCCGGACCUUGUAUCUAGUCCAGGAACAACAGAAACCGAGGGAGAAUUUACCUUUGCAAACAAUCUCAGAAAAGUAUCGGAACAGAUUCUGACCGCAGGAAGAAAAAGGACUAGUAUGUCUGGAAGUAGACCUGGAUCUAUCGCAGUUUCAUCAGGAUCUCCGAGAGACGUGCAGAGUAGAGUUCUUGGACCUAGCAGCAUAGGACAAUCCUCGUCUAGUAGUUCAGAUAGUCGACCUGGUAGUCAGCUCAGUCUUGCUCCUCCUCCUCCUCCGCCACUUCCUUCUUCUCUAUCGGGAUCUAGACCUGAGAGCAGGGUCGGACAACCAGUAUCCAGAAUCCCAGUACUUUCUUCUCCUUUACCUGGAAAAGAGUCUAGACCUGGAUUUUAUCCAGGACCACCUAAUACAGUUGGUUUACCUCCUGUAUCCAGUAAACAACAGCAUCAGUUAACAAUUGACUUAUCUGUUAUGAAUCUCAACUACGCUAAAUAUGUUAAUCCUAGUCCUUGUGCGCCUAAACUAAAUCAUGUUAGCGCUCAGUCUGAACUAUACCCAGACUCGGGUCUUCUUUCAACAAUAUCACAAGCAGCACUAAGCGACGAUGAAUCCCCUCCAACAACCCAUGUCUCCAAUCCGCCGAAGUUUAAUACAGCUUCCUUGUCUAUACAAAAUAAAGUUGUGUUAGAACAACCUAACUAUGAGAAUAUUGACCCACCACUUCACAAUGGCCGGAUAAGACCAACCCAAAACGUUCUUUCUAAGACAGAUAAAUCAAGACAUGAAAGAGCUCCUGCCACACGAGCUAGUAGAGUGGUAUCUCCACUUGAGCCUGGUAUGGCCCAAGGACAAUUUAGGCCAGCCGCUGUUCAGGCCAAUGUGUUUUCUAUACCCGAGGAUCCAGGGGAUUAUCUAGCAAUGAAUGUAAAGAAAGGAUCCAUGUUUCCAUCCAAGGGAUUAAUACCCCUAGCUUGUUCUUCUCCAGCUGAUAUACCAACAUUCAAGUCAAACAAAUCAAAUAUAUCAAAAUAAUAUGUAUAUUUAAUUACAAAAAUAAAGUGAUUGUUGUUUAAA